CAAUAUUUUGCUCUGGCUCGCCAAGUGGAUGCAGAACACAAAAGAAAAUAUCCAGAUGCUGAUGGACAGAUCUCUUGAAGACAUGCGCAACAAGAUUCGGGAACAGGUGGAACAGGGAAUUGUUUCCAAUUAUCCUGAAACAAUGAUGGAAUUCGAACCAAUUACUACAUACUCUUUAGGACAAAUGGGAAUGCCAGGAGGUGGAGAUUAUGCUGUCGUAUCUGACAUUGAUAGUCAUGCUUGGUAUUCCUUUGCUCAGGCAUCGCAACACAACGGAUCAUCGUAUGUAAUGCGUCAUUCAGAUGAUAAAGUGUUGCCAGGUAAUUGGAAUAUUCAUUACACAGCAGACGGACAUCCUCAACAAGGUGUUCCAUAUUUAAUGCGAUCUCAAAUGAUAAGUUCUUCAGGACCAUAUAAUGGUACUCUUAAUCAAUCUUCACAUCCAUCUGCAAGUGGUCCUGGGAUUAACAGAAGUAAUCCAUCUCAACCUUCGUACCAAAUAUAUUCUCCGUUUUCAACUUCCAACCACCAAAACAAAAAUAUUAUCAAGAAGCCGGAACUUAACGAAGAAGAGCAAACUCGAUUGUUGGAGAACAUACCAACAUCAUCAUCAUCAUCUCCAUCAUCAUCAAAUGAAAAUACAAAUACUACUUUGCAGCAAAAAGGAGUAAUUUCAAAUUCCAACAGUACUCCAGAUGGUAUGUGUCAUAAACAAUCAGAGCUAAAUAGCAACAAGAAGCCAUCAGGUACACCCACAGUUUCGCCUUCAACUGUAGGUGAUGACAAAAAUGUGAAUAGUGAGAGUGCAGGUGAAAAUCGCCCACUUCCUACUUUUGAACAAGCAUUUGGGUCAACUGAAAUUGGCCGCUAUUCUCAUGAAGGCAUUUUCAGUGGUACACAACAUAAUACUCAACACCAAGGACCUCAGGUCAGUGCCAAUAAUUCUUCUACAAGUACAGACUGGAAUAAUUUUAGUAAUCCAUCUGUUAUUACCACAAGUUCAAUUUCUGCAACUAAUCCUAAUUCUACACCAAAUCCUCUUUUAUCCACACAUUUAUCUGUUCCCAUGUAUGAAUCUAACUACCAGGCCAACUAUACAUACUAUAGUUACAUGACGGAAUAUAAUUAUUCUUAUAAUCAUCUGAAUUCAUGGUCAGGAGGUAUUAGGUAUGAUGAUCCCUUAAAUGGCUAUUAGGAAAACUGAACUUUAAAAUGGAAGAUGUGAAAAAGGUUGUGAGUUCCUAUUUUAAUCUAUUAACAAGGAACUGAAAAAAUACCUACAAUUGUAUGUUUUUUCCUGAGGAGAAAAGAAGAAAGAAAAAAACAAAAAAGAAAUACAAACUUAUCUCAUUUUAGUAUAUAAUUUUAAUUUGUAUUUUUGUGAUUAUAAUGAGAGUUUCUCAAUUUAUAUUUCUUCUUUUUAUAAAAUGAAAAAAAAAAAUUCAAAUUGAG